CGGGGCCGAGCAGAGGCGGUGUUUCGGCCAAGGUGACUCUAGGGAGGUUUGCUGCGUUGAAAUUGUCAUCUUUUCUUCUACUUAAGAAAAAAGCGAAGAGUGGAAUUCACGCAGCAGUGCCACCAUGAUCCUGCGACAGAUCUUGCGGCUUUCCUCUCUUUUCCACUCUGCUGUGUCCAUUCAUGUGCGCAGGAACAUUGGGCUCUCUGCAAUUGUAUUCAACAAGACAAAAGAACUCGACCCGUUCAGAAGCUCUUUCUUGGACAAGAUCAGAGAGUACAACACGAAGAGCAAGCAAGCUGGAGGGCCUGUUGAUGCAGGACCCGACUUUCAAAAAGAUAUGAAUGAAUCCCUUGCAAGACUCCAACGGGCGUAUGGUGAGGGAGAUCUCACCAAGUUUCCAGAAUUUAAAUUUGAGGAGCCCAAGUUUGAGGAGACUCCGAAGUGAUCUCUGCAGCUUGUAUACGGAACAGCAGUGUACAGCCAUGGAGUUGCUGAACAUGUGAUUUAAUAAAUGUAGUGCUUGUUUGGUUUCAGUGGUGUGAAGCAGCUCUUAACUGCAUGGUGAGCAUAGCUAGCUGUGAUCAUAAACUCUUACAUGACAGAGGCAUUGAGUAGUGCUACUCAAUGUUAACUACAAAAUUCCUUUGUGUGCUAUGUUUUAACGCUUAGAUAUUGUAACACUCCUAAUGAUACACCAUAAAGGAACUGCUGGUUCCGUUGAGUUUAGCCAAAAAGCUUCUGCAGAAAAAAAAAACCUCCAUGAACCUUAAGUCUGUAGCAAAGCCCUACAGUAGUGAUGGAACUGCACAGCCAAAAGCAUAGGCACAAAUGCCCUAUUUCUACACUGCAUCAAUGAACACAAAGGUAAUGAAGUUAAUCUUCCAGAAGAAACUGAAAUCUGCUAAAGAGGUUUUAAGGUGUGAAUUUCUGCAACUGAACUAUUGACAAAAACACUUCCGCUUCUGAGGAGCUAUUUGUUCAUAAUAAGUAUUAUCUGAGAAGCUACAUAAACCCUUCAACAGUUAAGAGUCUACUAGAAAUUGAAUUGUACUGACAUGAUUUUUCUUCAGAGUGAAACUACAUAUGCAGUCUACAGAGCCAGAGAGACUUCCACAUAAAUCACUAAAACGCUGCUUGAGCUUUAAUUACAGGAAGAUUUAUUUUGUCAGCAUGGUGAGUUUAUUUCUGUACAGCUACACACUAUGAAAUUUUAUCAGAUUUGCCAAAAUCAUCUCUAAGUCCUAGUAAAUCAGAAUUACAGGAGAAAUUGAACCCUUGACAGUGGUUGAGACACAAGCAGUGAGGUCAUGUAUGAAAGUUACUUGAAUAGAUUGUUCCAAGCCGCAAGAGUGAAUCUUGUAUUGCUCCAUGUACAUAUGAACAAAAUUGAGAAGCUUUCACACACACAAUUAAAUUGAAUAUACAA